GUUUGCAUUGACAGACCAAAAUGAAUGUUUACAAGUAGCGAUCUCAUAACUCGUUGGGCUUAGGACAAUUUAUUAUACUGAGUCUAGAGUCUGUAUAGAGAAUCUAGAAUCUAAAUAAAGUAGAUGCAGUAUGCCAGUACGUGUACGAAGGAAAGCUCUGUUAGCUUAUGUUUUGUUCCUUAGUUCAGGAUGUUUAGUCCUUUGGGCCAUACUUUUUAUUUCCUCACAGCAAUCUGUCUCUACAUAUGCAAGUAUUGAGCUAACAGCUGAAGACAAAUUUAAUUUCCCCUUUUUGGAUGAGAAAGCAAGAAAAGCAAACCAAGCAUUUUCAUCCAAGAUCAUCGACUCUGGGGAUGUGAAGUUGAUGUCUGAACUUGAUGUCAUACAGAAUAAAACCAUAUUAAGGGCGUUGUCAUGGGAGGAGCUGUCUGCUGUCUACCACAGCUAUGUCACCAAGAACCAGCUGGAGUGUGAGAAUGUGGAAAGGGUCGGGCGUGUCACUGACGGAGGCUGGGACGUGUGUGCAGACAGCGCCUACCUGUCAAAGUCUGACUGUAUUGUCUACUCGUUUGGGGUAGACAAUGACUUCAGCUUUGAUGAUGCAGCUAUCAGUAAAUUUGGUUGUAUGAAAUAA